UUCAUUUAAAUUUCGACUUAGUUUUAAAAAAGUAGUCUGUAAUUAAAUCCCAUAUGCACAAUUAAAUUAGACUUUAAAUAUAUUUUACUGAUAAAUUUCAGUGUUUUAAAAUUGUGUGUGAAAAUAAGUAAAUCUGCAUGUUUUCUCUCAAUUGCACUGUAGACAUUAGCAUACAUUCUGCAUACUUGUUAAUGCAAAUAUCAGUGUAUUUAAAAAUUCUGUGUUUAGUGAUUUGUGAUUUAUCAUUUUCUUGUAUUAUCUACUAAAAAAUAGAAAUAAUUUUAAUUGUUGCACCUGAUAGUAAUCAAACAUCACUUAUCUAGUACUCAAUACUGUAUAUGUUUAAGCUUAGCGUUAUUUUUUAAAAAUAAAUUUUAUUACAGUUAAAAAUAUAUAUAACAAAAAGUUUGCCAUUUUAAGUGUACAAUUCAGUGACAUUAAUUACAUUCACCAUGUUGUGCUACUGUCAUGACUAUCCAUUUUUAAAAAGUGUUAUGUCACCCCAGAUAGCAACUCUGUGUAUCUUUGGCAAUUACUCCCAUUUGCUCCUCUCCCUAGCCCCUGGUACCCAUUGCCAAACCAAACGCACUGCUGUCAAAUUGAUUCCAACUCAUAGUGACCCUGUAGGACAAAGCAGAAUUGCCUCAUAGGGUUUCCAAGGCUUUAAAUCUUUACAGGAGCAGACUGCCACCUUUUUCCCUGGAAGUGGCAUGUUUCCCUUGGAGUGGCUUUUGAUUAGCAGCUGAGCACUUAACCACUGUGCCCCCUGGGCUCCUUGCAGCCCGUGGUGACCACUAACAAACUUUUGUCUCUAUACAUUUGCCUAUUCUGGAUAACUCAUAUAAGUAAAAUCAUACAGUAUUUGUCCUUUGUAUCUGGGUUACAUUGUUCUCAAGGUUUAUCCAUGUCGCAGCAUGUGUCAGAACUUCCUUUCUUUUUACAGCUGAAUAAUGCUUCAUUGUGUUAUUUUCAUCAACAUGUUUUUAUUCAACAAAAUUAUAUUCCUGAAAAAUAAUUCUUAUGAUUAUAAUUAUAAUGAUGUUAUUCUUACUUGAACAUUGGGGUCAUUAAGCAUACAUGUGCUAUUCUAAUAAUAAGUAUCUAACAAAACAUGAUAAGAUCAAUCCUUCUUAUUCAUGGAUUCUGUAUUUGUGAAUUUUCCUACUUGCUAAAAUUUACCUGUAACCCCCAAAUCAAUACUUGUGGUGCUUCACAGUCAUUUGUGGACUUGUGCGGAGUGGCGAAAAAUUUGAAUCACUUUUCUUUUAUGUGUACAAUCCUAGCUGAGUUCCAACAAGGCUAUGCUCUACCUUCUUUUUUUUCGAUUCUCAACAUUGUAAACAAGUGUCCUUUUUGUGGUCUGUUUGUUAUUGUUGUUAGGUGCUGUCAAGUCAUUUCCGACUCAUAGCGACCCUGUGCACAACAGAACGCAACUCUGCCCGGUCCUGAGCCAUCCUUGCCAUCCUUACAGUCGUUAUGCUUGAGCUCAUUGUUGCAGCCACUGUGUCAGUCCACCUCAAUGAGGAUCUUCCUCUUUUCCGUUGACCCUGUAUUCUGCCAAGCAUGAUGGCCUUCUCCAGAGACUGAUCCCUCCUGACAACAUGUCCAAAGUAUUUAAGACGCAGUCUCGCCAUCCUUGCUUCUAAGGAGCAUUCUGGUUGUACUUCUUCUAAGACAGAUUUGUUCGUUCUUCUAGCAGUCCAUGGUAUGUUGAAUAUUCUUCACUAACACCACAAUUCAAAGGCGUCAGUUCUUCAGUCUUCCUUAUUCAUUGUCCAGCGUUCACAUGCAUAUAAUGCGAUUGAAAAUACCAUGGCUUGGGUCAGGCACACCUUAGUCUUCAAGGUGACAUCUUUGCUCUUCAACACUUUAAAGAGAUCCUUUGCAGCAGAUUUACCCAAUGCAAUGUGUCUUUUGAUUUCUUGACUGCUGCUUCCAUGGCUGUUGAUUGUGUAUCCAAGUAAAAUGAAAUCCUUGACAACUUCCGUCUUUUCUCCAUUCAUCAUGAUGUUGCUCAUUGGUCCAGUUGUGAGGAUUUUUGUUUUCUUUAUGUUGAGGUGCAAUCCAUACUGAAGGCUGUGGUCUUUGAUCUUCAUUAGUAAGUGCUUCAAGUCCUCUUCACUUUCAGCAAGCAAGGUUGUGUCAUCUGUGUAACGCAGGUUGUUAAUGAGUCUUCCUCCAAUCCUGAUGCCCCGUUCUUCAUAGAGUCCAGCUUUUCAUAUUAUUUGCUCAGCAUACAGACUGAAUAGAUAUGGUGACUGACAUGUCUGUCAGUUUGUCGUGCUUUGGGGGCUUGCGUGUUGCUCUGAUGCUGGAAGCUGUGCCACCAGUAUUCAGAUAGCGGUAGGGUCACCCAUGGAGGACAGGUUUCAGCUGAACUUCCAGACUAAGACAGACUAGGAAGAAGGACCCAGCAGUCUACUUUUGAAAAGCACUAGCCAGUGAAAACCUUAUGAAUAGCAGUCUAUUUAGUGCCACAUUUUUUGCAUUUUUGUGCUUUUUUUUGGUGAUUUUGGUGUUUAAAAUGACCGCCAAGUGUAGUACUGAAGUGCUGUCUAGUGUUCCUAAGUGUAAGAAGGCUGUGAUAUGCCUUACAGAGAAAAUGCAUGCUUGAAGUUUAUAUAAGCUUCAUUCAGUCAUGAGUUAUAGUGCCAUUGUGAGUUCAAUAUUAAUGGAUCGACAGUAUGGUACAUUCAGAAAAAGGAAGAGGAAAUUAACCACUUUGUAUGUGAGGCCACUCUGGAAAGCACUAAAGUAGUAUCUAUAGCGGGUGAUGAAGCUAUAGAAAAGAUGGAAGAAGCACAGCUAAAUUUGUGGAUUCCUAAGAUGUUGAUGGAUAGAAAAAUUGUAGUGGUUGGUAUCGUGAGGCUAAAAACCAAAGAAAUUCAUGUUACCCUCUGCUAACCAAAAGGUCAGCAGUUUGAAUUCACCAGCUGCUCCUUGGAAACCCUGUGAGGUGGUUCUACUCUUUUCUGUAGGGUUGCUGUGAAUCAGAAUGAACUUGACAGUAGUGGGUUUUUUAGGGUCAGGAAAACAUUAAACCUUUUUCACCUAAUGUUUUAUCACAAGGAAAUAAUGAGCAGUUAUUCGUAAGAAAUAUAUCUUAAAUAAGGUGUCUUUAAACAGGAGCACACACAAAACAAGGCUAUGUAUUGAUUGGUUGAGGAAAAUGUUGUGACCAGAGGCUUACAGGAACCUAACCUUGUAUUUCCCCUGGGAGUUUGGUAUUCUCUGGUGUCUCAGGCCGGGUGCUCUAAAGAAGCAAAACCAGUGAAGUGUGUGUGUCUCUGUGUGUGUAUAUGUGUGUAUAUACACACACAUAUGUAUAGAGAGAGAGAUUAUCUCAAGGAAAUGGCCCAAAUGGUUGUAGAGGCUGGGAAGUCCCAAGUCCGUGGAUCAGGCAUCAGGCUGGAGGCUUUUCCUCACUCAUGUACCUGCAGGGGCUGAGAAACCCAAGGUCCACAGGUCAGAUGGGAGGCUGCUGGCUCAAGUACUAAGAACUUGAGGUCAGAUGUUGACGAGCUGAAUGCAGGAUUCAAAGCAGAGCAAAAGCCAGCGAGCUUUGCCAGAAAGGGCACAUGUAUUGGAUGCAGGCCAUAUGCCGAGGAAACUCCUUUUCAACCAAUUGGCCACGCUUUGCAGAUCUCAUCAUGGAAGUGAUUACAUUAUAUCAAAUCUCAUCACGGAGAUGAUUACAUCAUUACACAACUGCGAAACUACAUGAUAACUGCCAAACCACUGAAAAUCAUGACCCAGCCAGGUUGAUACAAAACCUUAACCAUCACACCUGGGUAUUUUCUAAUUUACUGUACGCAGUGACUUUAUAGAACAUAACUAUGAAUGAGAGUCAUCUGUGUUUAAUUGUCAGUUAACGUACGUGUACAAUUGUAAAUUAUCCUGUAUUAUAACAAGAAGGGAAUUACAUGCCAUCUGAAAAUGGUUGGUGAGUAGAUAAUAUUGACUGGAGUAUUAAAUAUUGAUCUGUUUCAUUAAGAAAUGGAUUUCCUCUCAUGGGAGAACUCUCAGACCAUUUUUGUUUUAUAGAUUUUUUGUUAACCAAUUUCCAGUAUCAAUUAUUUUGGUGAAAUAGGUUUUGAUUUUCUCAUAGAUUUCUUGAAGGAUGUGUUCAGCAAUGAGUUAGCCAUUGUGGAGGAUAUAAAAGAAUAAGGAAACAUGUAUCUGAUAAUAUGGUUGAUUAAACUGGACAUAGAGUGGAGGCUUGCAUAUUGCUGUGGUGCUGAACAGGUUUCACUGGGGCUUGCAGACGAAGACUAGCAAGAAAGGCCUGAUGAUCUACUUCUGAAAAUCAGCCAGUGAAAACCCCUGUGAACCACACCGAUUUGAUUCCGUUGUGCAUAGGGUCACCAUGAUUUGGAGGCUGACUCAAUAGUAGCUAACAACAUAGUUGAAGUAAUCUGUGUAACAGUUGCGUAGUGGUUGUGCAGCCCAUUACGCAUUGCCAUCGAGUCACAGCAGUUUGAAUCUGCCAGGUUGUGCAACAGUAUAUUACAAUUAUUUUUUGACAAAAUGAAUGCCAUAGACAAUACGUACUAAAGGUAAAGCCCACUUUUAUGUCAGACAAAGGUAAAAGGAAACGAACAAAAGCAAGAUUAAAAAAAAAAAGAAAAAAACCUUAGAAAAAUUACUUAUAUACAAAUAGGGUUUGCACAAGACAUAGAAGUGGGAAGAACCCCAAGCAUGCAUGGUUUAGGUUUGAAAAGCAAAAAGUGAGGCAUAACAGGGAGUAAAAGUCAUUAUUUAAAUAUAUCGGUAAUUAAUGAUGUAGACAAUAUUGCCCUUUGGUGUACAUAAUAUUUACUGAAAAAAUAAAUAACACCUAUCAUGCAUUUAGUAUCUACUAGGUGUUAGGCUGUACGUGUGUGUGUCGUGUGUGUUUGUAUUUAAUUCACGCAAGUCUUGUAAGUUAUGAUUUUAUACACUUAAAGUUGAAAAAUUUGAGGCUCUGAGUUAGAGAAUAACGUUGCUUCAGUGUCACAAAUCACUGAAUCUAUUUUUAUUUUUUAGUUUUUAUUGUACUUUAAGUGAAAGUUUACGAAUCAAGCCAGUUUCUCAUACAAAAAUUUAUCUGCACUUUGCUAUAUACUCCUAGUUGUUCUCUCCCUAAUGAGACAGCACACUCUUUCUCUCCACCCUCUAUUUCUGUGUCCAUUCGGCCAGCUUCUAUACCCCUCUGCCCUCUCAUCUCCUCCCCAGAUGGGAGCUGCCCAUGUAGUCUCAUGUGUCUACUUGAUCCAAGAAGCUCACUCCUCACCAGUAUCAUUUUCUGUCUUACAGUCCAGUCCAAUCCCUGUCUGAAGAGUUCGCUCUGGGAAUGGUUCCUGUCUUGGACUAACAGAAGGUCUGGGGUCCUUCUAGUGUUGGUCAAAGCAUUAAGUCUGGUCUUUUUAUGAGAAUUUCAGGUCUGCAUCCCACUGGUCUCCUGCUCUAUCAGGGGUUCUUUGUUUUGUUCGCUGUCAGGGCAGUCAUCGGUUGUAGCCAGACACUAUCUAGUUCUUUUGGUCUCAGAAUGAUGUAGUCUCUGCUUUUUGUGGCCCUUUCUGCCCCUUGGGCUCAUAAUUACCUUGUGCCUUUGGUGUUCUUCUCCUUUGCUCCAGGUAGGUUGAGACCAAUUGAUGCAUCUUAGAUGGCCACUUGCUAGUGUUUAAGACCCCAGAUGCCGCUCUCCAAAGUGGGAUACAUAAUGUUUUCUUAAUAGAUUUUGUUAUGCCAGUUGACCUAGAUGUCCCCUGAAACCAUGGUCCCCAAACCCCCUCCCCUGCUAUGCUGGCCUUUGAAGCAUUUGUGGAUCUAUUUUUGACUAAAACUGAAAAUCUUUCCAUUCAUCUUUUUUUGUUUGUUUUAGUAAGUUAAAAAGGCCACAUGUAUGUAAUUGUUAUUCUGAAUCAUAGAAUUUUAGAAUUGGAGGGUACUUAGAAUAUUCCUGAAAUUUUAUAGACUCUAGCUUCUCCAUGAACAUUUCCGUGGGCAUAACCUGUUGCUGUUGAGUCGAUUCCGACUUACUGCAACCCUAUAGACAGAACUGCUAUAAUCUUUGAUUUGUUUUGUUGUUGAGAAUAUACACAGCGAAACAUGCACCAAUUUAACUGUUUCUGCAUCUGCAAUUCAGUGAAAUUGGUUACAGUCUUUGAGUUGUGCAACCAUUUUCACCCUCCUUUUUGUUUCUCUUAGUUCAUUCCCACUAACAUAGACUCACUCCCCCCAAGGUUUCUGUCUCAUCUUUUGAGUUGCUGUUGUCACUUUGAUCUCAUGUUAAAAAUAAAACAAAACAAAAAAACCCUUAUUGUUGAGUUGAUUCUGACUCACAGCGACCCUGUAGGACAGAGUAGAAGUGCCCCAUAUGGUUUCCAAGGAGCGGCUGGUGGAGUCAAACUGUUGACCUUUUGGUUAGCAGCCAAGCUCUUAACCACUGCCCCACCAGGGCUCCAUAUAUUAAAAAAAAAAAUAGAAGAGUUCUUAAAAGAGUAUAAUGCACAAGGGUUGCUAUGAGUUGGAAUUGACUCGACGGAAUGGGUUUGGUUUUUUCUUUUUGUUUUUUAAGCUAAACUGUUGUUUGGUUUUAAGAAGACUUCAAGGUAUAUUUUUGGUUUAAAAUUUAAAAAUUAUCUCAGGGCAGUAGUUUUAGAGAUUCAUCCAGCCCUCAUGGCUCCAGAAAGCCUGGAGUCAGUGAGAAUUUGAAACUGGGCUCUACAUCUCCCCGUUUUUGGUCAGGAUUCUUCUGUAGAAUCUUUGAUCGGAAUGUUCAGUAAUGGUAGCUGGGCAUCAUCCAGUUCUGGUGUGAUGGCAAAGGAGGCUGUUGUUCAUGGAAGCAAUUUAGCCGUACAUUCCAUAUCCUUCUCCUAUUCCUGACUCUCCUUCCUCUGUUGCUCCAGGCAAAUAUGGAAGCAGACUGCCACAUCUUUCUCUCCUGGAGCUACUGGUAGUUUCUAAUCACCAACGUUUCAGUUAGCAGAGGAGUGCUUAAUCACUGCACCAGCAGGGGUCCUUUUCAUAGACAGACCCACCCAGUGCUGUCGAGUCCAUUCACACUCAUAGCAUAGGCAUAGGAGAGUCCAUUUGACUUUCAAAAAGCGUAACAGAAAGAUCGUACUUAAAUUGAGCUAGUAUCUGCUUUACUGUAACUUCUUUCCAUUGGUUCCAGUUCUGUCUAAGGUUUAAGUGUAUGAUACAGAAAGUCCCCCCCCUCCAUCCCACCUCCCAACGUAUUGGGUCCCUGCUAGAUUUUUUCUUUUCUAAAUUAAAUGUUACAACUUUUAUAACUGCUUGUGAUACGGUUUCUUUUACCUUUCCCCAUCUCUGUUAGCUUGAUCCAAUCCAAUUUGUCAGUCUUACUCUUUUUGUUCUGAUCUGGCUUUCAAUAUUUAGUUCUGCAUUUAUGGUCUGAAUGCAGAGUGUAGUGAAACUAUCCCUUUCGUUUUUUUCUAAAAUUGUGUUAACUCUUUAACAGUAAUAUCUUUGCCAGUUCCAGGCCAAAAAAAAAAAAAAUGUUUCUUUUAAAGUUAUAUUUAUAUAAUUCUAGAGAUUAUAUUUUAUUUUGAGAUUCUGUACUUCUCUAAUGUUAAAAUGGCCUUCUUAAUGAAAUGAUAGUAGGUGGUAAGUUUUUUUGGCAUUAGUUUUGGGGUUUUAUUUUUUUCCAAUGUUCCUAAUUAACCAAAAAAAAGUUGACAACCUUAUGCAGGUUUUCAUUUUGUUUCUUGGGAAACUUCUUGUCUGGAAACCAUUGAUGUAGUCAGCGUAAACCUAACAUCUUUUUCAUGUUAAGUUAUGUCGCUUCCAUUCUGUAUAUACAUAUAUGUGAUGUUUUUGAAGCAGUGUUUUCCCUUUGCUCCCUAUUGAAUUUCAUCUCCUUGAAAGUAGCCAUAGUUAAAACUUGAGAUAGUCUUUAAUUUGAUUCUAUAAUCCAAGGGGUUGGCUAUCUUCCUGGCUUUUGACAUUUAUGAAUUUAACAAGCCAGCCCUCUGACUUCAUCCUGGCCAUGUUCUGGAUAUAGCCAAGGAUAAAGCCAUGUAGCUUUAUAAAUAGAACACAUGUUACAUAAAUAAAAUAUGCUACAGAGAAAGGUGACACAGAGAUAAUGAAAACCAUUUAAAUGUUGUUCUUUUAAAUAAGAAGAAAAGCCUUGUAUCCUCCAGUAGUAAAGGAAUUGGGUGAAUCUUACAGUUUGGUGGAGAUAUGGGUAAUUAUAAUGAUAUGAUAUAAAGUCAAGUAGGGAUAGGUGCUGUAAAGAAAAAUAAAUCAGAGUAAAGUGUUGGGAAGUCAUGAAGGGCUGCUAUUUUUUAAUUUAUUUUUAAGGGAAGACCUCUCUCUGAGAAGAUGAAAUUCAGUAGAGACCUGCAUUAGUUAAGGAAACAAGCCAUGUAGGUAUCUAGUUGGAGAGUAUAUUACUUGGGCGCUAAAGCCCUGAUGCAGCAAUGGGGCAGGUAAAUUCAGAGAACAACAAAGAGGCCACUGUGGCUGGAGGUGAAUGAGCAAGGGGAAGAGUAGGAAGAAAAUGAGGUUGGAUAGAUAUUUGGAUUUUAUUGCAAGUGCCAUUGGAGUUCAUUAUAAGGUUUUGAGCAGGGGAAUUUCAAGAGGACUGGGUUAUAUUUUCAAAGGAUCUGUCUAGUAGUUUUGUGAAUAAUAGACUGGAGGGAGCAAGAAUAGGAACAGGAAGAUGAGCUAAGAAAUAAUUGGAGUAAUCCAGAAUAAGAGUUGUUAAUGAUUUAGACUAGAGUGGUAGAGAUAGUGAAGGUUAUCACGUUCUAGUUAAAAAGAAAAAAAAAAUCUUAAGUUGGAAAUGUCUGUUAAACAUCCAAGUGGAGAUCUCAGGUAGGCAGUUAGUUAUAAACCCAAAAAACAAACCCACUGCCGUCGAGUCGAUUCUGACUCAUAGCGACCCUAUAGGACAGAGUAGAACUGCCCCGUAGAGUUUCCAAGGAGCGCCUGGCAGAUUUGAACUGCCGACUGCUUGGUUAGCAGCCCUAGCACUUAACCACUAUGCCACCAGGGUUUCCGAGUCUAGAAUUAGAAGGAGAGAUUAAAACCCAACCAGAUCAAACUCGUUGCUGUCCAGUCAAUUCUGACUCACAGCAACUAUAGGACAGAGUAGAACUGUCCUGUAGGGUUUCCAAGGAGCAGCUGGUGGAUUCAAACUGCUGACCUUUGGUUGGCAGCCAAAUAUUUAACCACUGUGCCACCAGGGCUUCAAGGAGAGGUUAGAAGAUAUCUAAAUUUUAAGCAUCACCUUUUGCCCAUACUUAAAGCCAUAUGACUGGAAGAGAUCACUUAGAUGGAGAGUUUAUUAGUUUGAGAAGUCCAAGGAUGGAGACCUGAUAUUCUCCAACAUUGAAAGCUUAGAAAGUGAAAAGCCAUCAAGAAAGAUUGAAAAGAAGUGGCCAGUCAGAUGAGAACUCUAGAGAAUGGUGUCCCUGAAGCCAAGUGAGAAAGUGUUCUUAGAGCAAGGAGUGAUGAAUCACCUAUUGUCACCUAAAUAUUUCUUAAGAAAUCAGGUAUUCUCUUUCUUUGUGAGCUAUCUCUGAGAAGACAAAAAAAAAAAAAAGUUUUGUUAGACCUUUUUUUCUUUUUUAAAUAUUUUAAUUGUGUUUUUGGUGGAGGUUUACUUAUUAGACCUUUCUUGAUUGUAAUUUAUUGAUGGGGGUUCAUAAUUAUUCUCUACCAGAAACUACUAAGUCUAAAGCCCUGAAGAAAUGUUUACUCAUGGGGGACCUCUGCUGUUUUCUCCAUGGAUGGACUUGGAGGCUGCUGGUACUGAGAUUUGAGCAGGAAAGCAGUGCUUUUCAGAGAAAAGAGCUUGCUAUUAGGAUUCGCCUCACAGCCACAAAAGAAUUGUAUGAUUUAAGCAAGUCACUUAAUUUUGGAAGCUCAUUUUCUUAAUCUGUAAAAUAAAGCUAGUGAUAGUCAAACUACUUCAGAGGUUUGUUUUGACCAAAUGAAGAAGAUGUGAAAAACAAAUGAACGGUGAAAUUGCAGUUAGGGAUAUCCUUUUUGCAUGGCCCCAAAUGUGGUACCAACUUGAUUGUGAUAAAUUUGAAGAAAUAUAUUGUCUGGGGCAAGUAGUAAAUUUUUUUUUUCAUUCUAACUCUGUAAGAAUAGUUCUUCACUUCGUGUGCUUUCCAUCCCCCUAGGCAGUUUGCACGUCAUUUUAUAAUAUUCUCAGGAGGAGAGAAAAGGGCAUAAAGCUGGAAGAAGAAAAGUACAGUAGGGUUCGAGAUAAUACCUUUCUUCAUUCCUAAGCUCAUUCUUCAAUAUAAGCAGAGUAUCUAAAUAAUGAGAAAGAAGGCAGAAAAAAGUAAGCAGGCCAGUUGGUGAGGAGAAAUUUCCUCCUUUAUAAAGACUGGGUUUUUUUCAGAGGUUAUCCAACCAGAUAGGAGUUUGUCACACGGUUUCUUAUAUGUCACAUGGAAUUGAAAAAGGACAGAUUCAAAGCUUGUUGUUAAGGGGUCUUUAACUCCAGGCAGCCACCUAGAAAAUGCGUUAAGGAAAUAGGGGAUGGGGAAAUGAGCCUACUUGAUGAUGUAAAGUAUAAAACAAUUAUUUUGGUGAAAAAAGGAACACUGCAAAUAGAGCACAUUCUGUGGUAAGCUUUUUGAGACUGUAACUCAAAAAUAGGGCUAUAGCUAUGAAUAUGUAUCUCGAGGGCUUUAUGCAAUGUUACUUGCCCUGAUUGCUCAACAAAUGUUACUGGAUGCCAUCAAGUCGAUUCCGACACAUAGAGACCCCGUGUGACAGAGAAGUGCUCUGUAGCGCUUUCUUGGUUGUAAUCUUUACAGAAGCAGAUCGCCAGCUGCUGGGUGGGUUUGAACCGCCAGCUUUUCAGUUAUCAGCCAAGUGCUUAACUGUUGGUGCCACCAGGGAUCCUUUGCUCAAUAAGUAACUUCUCAUUAAAUAAAUAAUGCACUGCAAAUUGAAGACCACUUUAUUUUAACUAUUGUUUGAUUCAUUUUUUCUUAUUGUAAAACUAAUUCUUAUGCAUUGUGUAAAAUUUAGGAGAUACCAGUAAGUCAAAAGAAGAGCACACAUUCAUAAUGCCACCAGCCAGUGACACCGCUGCUACAUAUUCAUGUCCCAAAAUCAUGGGAUCACAGUGUACAUACUGGUUUAACCUGUUAACAUUUUACCUUUAGGUACAACUUUCUGAUUCGACUUUUUAAAGGUGGCUUAGGAGUGAGUACAUCUUAUCAAACUUGUAAUUUAUGGAAAAUUUUGAAAUUGUAAACAACACUGCAGUGGACAUUUUUUAAAUGUGAGUUUCUAUUCAUAUCAUGGUUUUUCUUCGGCAAUAUUUUGGAAAUUAAUUGAAUCAAAGAAUUUGCAGAAUUCUAGAACUUUUUCUAAUGAAGUUGCCCUCCUAUACCAAUAUGCUGGAUAUGCUUCACUGAUGCUGGAUGUUACAUAUAUUAUUCAAGUUUUUGCCCAUUUGAUAGAAUAAUAAUGUCAUUUAAAUGUCUCUUAUGAGUGGUUCAUAUUAACAGUUUUUUUUAAAUGUAUGUUUAUUGUCCAUUAUAUUCUAAUAGGAAUUCUUGUAUAUGCACCCUUUGCUCAUUUCUUCUAAAGAAAUGUUUGUCAUAUUCAUUUGUAACAGCUCCUUCGUUACAUGUAUAUGUUGUAAAAUUUUUGUCUAGCUUGUCGUUUCAUCCUUUUUAUGUUAUUUUUACCCACUAAAAUUUUUAAUAUGUGUAUACCCAAAUUUCUCAUUUCCUUGUGAGGUAAUCCCACUGCACAAAAUUUAUUAAAUACAUAUCUAUUUUUUCUUACAUUUAUGAUUUUAAUUUUUACAUGUAAAUGUUUAAUUUAUCUAAAAUAUAUUUAGACAGGUAUGCCCUUUUGUCUCUGUAUCAUUUAUUGCAUAACUCUUCAUUUUGUCACUAUUUGAAAUGUCUUAAUACGUAUAGAUUUACUUCAGGAUCUUUUAUCCUGUUCUAUCGACCUAUCUGCCUAUUCCUUCACUGCUAUAUUACUACUAUAUUCUUAAAAUAUAAGUUUAUAUGUAUAAAUGGACAGACUAUUUCUCUUACACUACAAUUGCUUUUUCAGAAUUUACCUGGUUAUUUUCAUAUACUUAUCUUUUCCUGAUGUCUUUUAGAAUUAUUUUGACAAGCUCAUUAAAAAAAAAUCCUUUUGGGUUUUGAUUGAGAUUGCACUGAGUUUAUUGGUUUAUUUUUUAUUUGAAAGAAGAUAAGGGGACUCUGAAAUAGGUGUUUGGGUGCCUUAGUUUUUGAUAGUAUUUUCAGAUCUAUUCAAGUUCCUACCUCAUUUUGAGUCAGUUAGGUCAUUUUUAUUUUCUUAGAAGAUUACUAAUUUAUUGCAGUUUUCAAAUUUAGAAGCACAAAGUUGUAGGUGUAAUGAUUUUAUUAAUAAAAAAGUCUUUGUGGUUAUAUCCUUUCCUUACAACGGUAAGUGUUUACGAUGAGUGAAGAAAAUAAGAAAACCUGUCAAGUUUUUAUAUUUAUUUCUUUUAAAGAAUCUGCUUUUUAAAUUAUUUUUAUGUUUUUAAUUCAUUAAUUUCUUUUUAGAUCAUUAAUGCUUUACUAAUUUGUUGAAUAAUGAAUUUAUUUUUAUUUUUUCUAGUUUUGUUGGAAACACCUCUAAGGCUAUAAUUUUUUUCUUAGUACAACUUACAGGUGCAGCCCUUAGAUUUCACAUACAGUAUUCUCAGAGUUUGUACUUUCUGAAUUAUUUGGUAUUUGAUUCUCUUUUUUAUUAGUUAUUUUGGAAGUUUUUUUUCUUUUUUUGAAACUUUUUUUUUUUUAAACCCAAGGAGCUCUGUGUGUGUGUGUGUGUGUGUGUGUAUGGUUAUUGUUCUCUGUUUUUUCCAAAUUUACUUUAUUAUGAGAAUUACCAAAUAUACAGAGAAAUUGAAAGAAUUUCACAGUUUUUUUUUUUUUACUCAUAUACCUGCCAACUUGGAGCUGCCAUUAACAUUAUAUUAAAUUAGUUUUGUCACAUCCAACUAUCCAUCAUUCUAUUCAUCAAUUCAUCUUAUUUUUGGGGUACAUUUCAAAGUAAAAUGCAGGUAUCAGUAUUUGUGUGUGUGUCUGUGUGUGUGUAAAGUGCUCUUAAAUCCUUUGGUGUUAAUUAUGUUUCACUUUUAAGUUUUCUGAAUGAUUUAUGCUAUUGAAUUAUUUUCCAGCCUACCAUGGCUGUAUUGAACAGAUGACAGUUUAAAAAUGAAAUGCACUAUUUUUUAUUCAGUAGUAUCACUGAACUCUGUUCCUGUAAAUAACUAGCUAAAAAAAUUGACACUGAGCUCUCCCUUUUUGGGGGGAGGGAGUGGGCGGUGUGCAUGUGUGUGUGUUUGUGUGUACUUUUAAAGAGAAGUACGGUAAAUAGAAUUUUGUUUUUUGUUUAAGCUGAAGAGUUAUGGAAGGAAACAUACAGUGUUUGCGAAUCUAGUGGCUGUACUAUUUCCUUCAGUAGCAAAUCCAGGAAUGAAAAUAUUGUUCUAGGUUUUACAUCUCAUUACCUCCACUUCCACUGUUCCCCUACCCUUCAGAGAACUCUGUGUUGGACUGUUCAGUAGAACACUAGUGCCUUCGCUUGAGGUGAGAGCACUGUUUGAUCCCGUGAUUCUAAGUGGUAUAUAACAAAUUCCAGAAUGUUAAGAAUCAACUGUACCAAACCAGGAAUUCAAAAUUGCUAAAUUGAAGUGGUAGGAACAAAUAGAAUGCAAUUAAAUACAGGAUAAUUGGUUUGGUUUUUGGUUCCUCCAAUCUCUGCAUUCUAAAUCAACACAUUGUGCAUUUCCUGUGUGCUGGUAUCUCUAUUUCUUUUCUUUUUAGUUCUUCGCAAUUACAGCCUAUUCCACCCAUCCACAUCCUUGUAUGUUGUCAACCCAUCCAGUCCAAGCUGAAGGACUUUUUAAGGAACAAAAUCUUGGUUUACGGCCAUCUAAGAUACAUCUAUUGGUCCUAUCCCAUCCAGAGCAAAGGAGAAUGAAGAAAACUAAAGACACAAGGAAAAUAUUAGUCCAAAGAACUAAUGGAGCACAUGAACCACAGCCUCCCCCAGCCUGAGCCCAGAAGAACUAGUGAACUUGGGCGGUUGGUAAUGCCAUUCACCAAGACAGGGAAAACAGGAGGAAAUGCAGAUUUUUUGUUCAGGUGAUGGAAGAGUUCAAUUUUUUUCAAAUUAAAUCUGAGGUGCCAGUGGGAACAUUGAACUCAAAAUGAUUUAUAGUCAGUUAGAGGUAAGGCCUGGAUCUUAUAGGUUUUGACUUGAAAUUUAGAUGCGUCACUUAAUGCAUUAAGCGGUGUUUGAAGCCUGUAGCUUCAAAGAAGUCCCAAAGGGAUAACGUACAAGAAAGGAAUGCCAUUCAAAAAAACAAGAUUUAAAGCAAAGAGGAAAAGUGGAGACUUUCAAAGAGAUUGAAGAGUAGCCAUGGGAGUGAGAGGAAACCAAAGUGGAUGUUUCUAGAAGACAGUAACGAUCACUGAUGUCAGAUAGAAAUGUUAGAGACCGUUGAUUUAUCAGUCAGGAGGUCACUCUUUUCCAUAGCUUCUCAAGGCAAUUUGAGAGGAAGAGAGAGGACAGAAACCCUGUUAGUAAAUCAUAGACUACUCUUUAAAGCCUAGCACUUAAGGAAAAAAGGUAAAUGAUCCUUUAAAUGAACUAUUUGCUUUUUUUAAUUUCAUUUUCAUGCUUUUAAGUACUUUCUUUUAAGGUGAAUUUUUAACAAUUCUAAUUUCAACAUGUAAAACUCACAUUAAAAAAAAGCUCUUAAAACAUACCACAAUACAUCAAUCCCUUAUUUUGAAAGUCCGUUAAUUUUAGUAUAUAGCAUCUGAAAGGCUAAGGUAUCCUCAGAUUCUAGUGGACAUUUGUAUUCUUAUAUGUUAACUUUGCUGCAUAUCCAAGGAGCUGGUCAUAAAGAGCUGGAUUAAAGGGUCUUAACAGAAAAUAAGUUUCUUUACUUAAAAUUAGUGAAGCAACUUUGUGGUAUUAUGUUCAAAUCCAAAAGUUACUUUGACCCUGGAAAUUCAAAUUUACUAACAUGUGAACUGAGUUCUGUUACAGAAUUACUUUCUGAUUAGGUGAUUGUAGUUUUCUUUUACAUCUAUAUAUACCAUACAUUCUAAAAAGUAAGUUUACUAUAUGCCAAAUUAUUAACUGUAUGCCAAAAUUUAAAUAUACUGAUCAAAUCACUUGUUUUAAAAUGAAGGUAUCGUGUUGGAUCCAGCUUAAAUGUAAAUUUUAAUGAAAUGUAUCAUUAUCAAAGACAAGGACAGAGUAAGGGCUGUCCUCUAGAGCAGGGAAGAAUAAUUAAGGAAUUUAUGAAUCAGUCACUAAGCACUUAUUAGGCACAAAAAUGAUUUGCUUCUUUUCAUAUUUUGACUGUUUUUUAUUUGAUCAUGUCUAAAUGUCUGAUCAAAGUCCUUAUAGGAAGUAAAUAUGAAAUUAAUGAACAUCUAUGAAAUGCAGUAUUAUGUCUUUUGAUAAGACUCUCAAAUGUCUGAUGGUAGCAGUAAACUUUAGUUCAGAUAAAAAAAUUAACAGUAGCAAUCCAAUAGCUUUCACUAAUAAUAAAUUUUGCCAAUGAAUUUAGUAUAUAUUUCCUUUUGCCAAUAUUUACCCCAUAGAUUAGUCUUUAGUUGUGUGACAUGAUUUUAUCUGUUUAAUGCAGCCAUGGGAACCAUUUUACUGUUAAAAGUUGUAAAACUGUUGGGAAAGAAAUGGGACCACAUGAAGGCAGGAGCAUAAUUAAAAUUUUUUUGAGCCAAUGCUUAUGUGAGCCUAAAUCUGUUUUAUAAAUUUAAAACCCAUAUAUCAUUUUAUUUAAUAAAUACUGUCAUCAGAUGUCUGCUACUUAAAAAACCAGAUGGCUUAGCUUCUUUUAUGUCACAGAACACUUCCAGUCAUUUCCUGAUCUUAACGUUAAACACACACAUUUGCAUACAUGCGCUUACAUAUACUUAGUCAUCGUGGUGUAAAGAAAAGAAUUCUUGCACGUGGAGUUAGAUCUCUGUAUUAGUUUCUUGGGGCUACCAUAACAAAUCGUCAUAAGGUGGGUAACUUAAAACAACAGAUGUUUAUUCUCUCUUACUUCUGGAGGCUAGAUGUCCAAAAUCAAGGUGUUGGGAGGGCCACGCUCGCUCUGAAGACUCUGUUCCACACCUUUCUCCUCUGGUGUUGCCGGCAAUGCUUUUGGUGUUGUCGGCAAUUGUUGGCAUUCCUUGGCUUGUAGACCCAUCACUUCUAUCUCUGGCUGCAUUGUUGCAUUCUCCCUGUGUGUGUCUGUUUUCUCUUCUUAUAAGGACACCAGUCAUACUGGAUUAAUGACCCACCCUGCUCCACUGUGACCUCAUCUUAACUAAUUGCAUAUGCCAUGACCUUAUUUUCAAAUAAGGUCACAUUCGAAGGUUCCAGGAAGGACAUGCAUUUCUGGGGACACAAUUCAACCUGCUACAGUUUUCAUUCUAGCUUUGGCACUGUUACAACCUAGCUGUAUGACUUUGAACAACUCAUUUAAUCUUAGUGUCUCAUUUUGCUCAAUUGUAAAAAUAAAGGGCCUAAACUAGAUAAUUUCUAAGGUUAUCCCCAACCUUUAAAGUAAUAUUAUUUAUAUGAAAAAUUUAGACUAUUCAGUUUUUUGUUUAUGGCCUUUAGAGUAACAAACCAAGAAUAAAAGAAUGUCAAAGGAAGCGGAAGAUGUAUGUGAUAUAUGUUGGUAAGUAGAGAUGAGUAAAGGAGAAAGAGAAUCUGACAAAGGAGGGGAAAAGGUAAAAUUGAAGAAAGGGAAGUUUUUGGAAGGUAAAACUUUUUUUUGGGUGGGGGCUUGGGGGAGGAAAUAUUCUGAUAUUCACUUGGGCUCAGAGUAUUAUCUCCUAGUAAUAAUUCUUCUUAAAAUACCGGUAAUCUUUUUAUCUAUUUUUAGCUAAUUUUAAUCCUCAAACUUGUAGAAGCUCUUCUCUAAAUAAUAAUGUGUCAGUGGGAAAUCAUGCUCCAUACCAGCUAUGCCUAGAAAUUUCUUCUCUUAAAAGAACUCCUAUAUUUCACCUUCUCAGAAAUACUCACACUACAAAAUUUCCGGCAAACUAUUCCGUACCUUGUGGUAUUCUGGUGAUGAUGAACGUAAUCACUUAAAGCAUCAAUAGUCUGAAGAAUUACAGUAUAUAAAAGAAUAGACUUACCUAUAUAGCAUUUUUUAUGUGCUUAUUAGCCAUUUUGUAUAUCUCCUUGGGAGAAAUGUCUUUUUAAGUCCUUUGCCGGGAUUCUAGAUUUCUGAUCCAUGCCUGUACCCUGAUUUCCUAAGAAUGCCUCAUUCCCCUAAUUUGGUCAUUUGAUUUUGGGUCUCCAGUUCUAAUCAAAACUGAUCGAUUCUUUCUUGCCUAUGGACUCCUAAGGAAGAAGAUCUUAGAGCCUACUGUUGGCCAAAGAGGAGCCUGGAUUUUGCAUGAACCGUCAGCAUUUUAUUGCCCAAAAGAUAGUGUCACAGAACAUGUUCCUAGGAUGACGUAGCUUUGCCAAAGACUUAGAAGCUAAGCAGAAAAUGAGCUUAACAUCCUGGUUUUUGGUGAGCAGUGGAGGCACUCGCCACAGACUGCCACGAGAAAUGAUUUUUGUUGGAAGAGAUGACUGUGAGCUCAUGUUGCAGUAGAAUAUAAAGUUGAUGAGGAAACUGCAUAAUCAGGCAAGAAAAAACAAGACAGUUUUGACCUGUUCCUGUGACUCCAGCCCUAAACAUCUGAUCUUUAUCUGAUAGAAGUACAGUGCUUUUAGCACUGCCCUAGAUGCAGUGUACUCUGAAAAAGUUCCAUAGUUAGAUUGGCAUGCUGGUUAUCUGGUAGUCUGACUCGAUGUUACAAAUUAAUGGAACUGUCCUUAGCACAGAGACACGCAUCUUGUGGAAUCUCGUAGUGUGGAUAAGCAACAUGCUGUAAUCAAUUACGAUGCCUCUACGGAUGAACACUUGGUCAAGGAUUUGGGCAGCCUAAACGGGAGCCUUCUAAACUUCUUCACCAUGGAGGGAGCCUUCACAAAUAAGACCUUUGUGAAUGAUGUAAGGAUUCCAGAACAGACUUAUAUCACCUUGAAACUUGAAGAUAAGCUGAGAUUUGGAUAUGAUACAAAUCUUUUCACUGUAGUACAAGGAGAGAUGAGGGUCCCUGAAGAAGCUCUUAAGCAUGAGAAGUUUACUAUUCAGCUUCAGUUGUCCCAAAAAUCUUCAGAAUCAGAAUUAUCAAAAUCUGCAUGUGCCAAAAGCAUAGACUCAAAGGUAGCAGACGUUGCAACGGAAGUGCAGCACAAAGCUACAGAAGCACUAAAGUCUGAGGAAAAAUCCAUGGAUACUUCUGCUAUGCCCCGUGGUACUCCAUUAUACGGGCAGCCAUCGUGGUGGGGGGAUGAUGAGGUGGAUGAACAGAGUGCUGUCAAGUCAAAUGGCAAACCUGAAGAGAAAAAUGAAACUGGGAUGUCAGGGUGCAGCAUAGAUUCCAAGCGAGUUGAGGAACAACCUGCAGCUGCAAGUGAAGAAGUACUUUUUCCUUUCUGUAGGGAACCAAGUUAUUUUGAAAUCCCUACAAAAGAAUUCCAGCAACCAUCACAAAUAACAGAGAGCACUAUUCAUGAAAUCCCAACAAAAGACACACCAAGUCCCCACACAACAGGUGCAGGGCAUGCUUCAUUUACCAUUGAAUUUGAUGACAGUACCCCAGGAAAGGUAACUAUUAGAGACCACGUGACAAAGUUUACUUCUGAUCAGCGCCACAAGUCAAAGAAGUCCUCUCCUGGAACUCAAGACCUGCUGGGAAUUCAAACAGGGAUGAUGGCACCAGAAAACAAAGUGGCUGACUGGCUAGCACAGAACAACCCUCCUCAAAUGAUAUGGGAAAGAACAGAAGUGGAUUCCAAAAGCAUUAAAAGUGAUGUUCCAGUUUACUUGAAAAGGUUGAAAGGAAAUAAACACGAUGAUGGCACACAAAGCGAUUCAGAGAAUGCUGGGGCCCACAGGCGCUGUAGCAAACGGGCAACUCUUGAAGAACACUUAAGGCGCCACCAUUCAGAGCACAAAAAGCUGCAGAAGGCCCAGGCUACUGAAAAGCAUCAAGACCAAGCUGUUGUAAGUCAAACUGCUUUUAUGAUUGCAUUCUUUGAUGAAGACAAUCCCAGAAAAAGACGGUCAUAUUCUUUUACUCAGAGUGCGGGAAUCUUGUGUCAGGAAACUACUUAUUCAACACCACAUACAAAACUUGAAAAAGCAAACUCUCCAACAGCAGAUGCCAAAGUGGUUUCUUUGUCUUUACAGACUAGCUCUGCGCAUCAGAGAGGGGGGCAUGGUGUUCCACAUGGGAAAUUGUUAAAACAGAAAUCAGAGGAGCCAUCGAUGUCAAUACCCUUCCUGCAAACUGCAUUAUUAAGAAGUUCAGGGAGUCUUGGGCACAGACCAAGCCAGGAAAUGGAUAAAAUGUUAAAAAAUCAAGCUGCUUCUGCUACUUCUGAAAAGGAUAAUGAUGAUGACCAAAGUGACAAGGGUACUUAUACCAUUGAGUUAGAGAAUCCCAACAGUGAGGAAGUGGAAGCAAGAAAAAUGAUUGACAAGGUCUUUGGAGUAGAUGACAAUCAGGAUUAUAAUAGGCCUAUUAUCAAUGAAAAACAUAAAGAUCUGAUUAAAGACUGGGCUAUCAAUUCUGCCGCAGUAGUAAUGGAAGAAAGAAAACCACUGAGUACACCUGGAUUUCACAACUCAGAGGAAAGCGCACCUUCACCUGGAAAUAAACGUUGGGUUUCACAGUGGGCUAGUUUGGCUGCUAAUCAUACAAGACAUGAUCAAGAAGAAAGGAUAAUGGAGUUGUCUGCGUCUCUUCCUCUAGAAAAUGAUACAGACAUUAUUGACUCUGGCAUUUCAUUGAGAGGUACUGGCUUAGCAGCUUCCUUGGCUGGUCAGGGAGAGAGAAGAAGACGAACACUUCCCCAGCUUCCAAAUGAGGAAAAGUCUCUUGAGAGCUCCAGAGCAAAGGUUAUAACACAGAGGUCAGAGAUAGGAGAAAAACAAGACACAGAACUUCAGGAGAAAGAAACACCAACACAGGUAUCGCAAAAAGAUAAACAAGAUGCUGACAGAUGCUUUAGUAAAAUGAACAGGACAGUAAAUGGUGAGACUCUUAAGACUGCUGGAGAUAACAAAACACUGUUUAACUUCGGCAGCUCUGCUCCUGGGAAGGAGAAAAGUGAAACUGAUAAGGAAGCUUCUUUGGUAAAGCAAACGUUAGCUAAAAUUCAGCAACAAGAACAAAAAGAGCAGGCAGAAUGGACACCCACUAAAUUGUCUUCAAAAAAUGUUUCAGGUCAGGUAGAUAAAUGCAGGGAAGAAUCUCUUAAACAAGAGUCACAGCCUCAAGAAAAAAUUCCUGGACAUUUGACAAGUAAAGGAGAAAGAAUGAUACAAAAUGAAGGCAAGAGAAGAAAAGCUGAGGAAAUUCUAAAAAGUCAAACUUCAAAGGGAGGCGACAAGAGGGAAUCUUCCAAGUCAUUAGUUCGACAAGGGAGCUUCACUAUAGAAAAGCCUAGCCCAAACAUACCCAUAGAACUUAUUCCCCAUAUAAAUAAACAGACUUCGUCUACCCCCCCUUCCUUAGCAUUAACCUCUGCAAGUAGAAUACGAGACAGAAGCGACUCUAUGGAUACCGAUUCUAGUAUGGACACAACCCUUAUUCUCAAAGACACAGAAGCAGUAAUGGCUUUUCUAGAAGCUAAACUGCGUGAAGAUAAUAAAACUGAUGACGGCCCAGAUACUCCCAGUUAUAAUAGAGACAAUUCUAUUUCACCAGAAUCUGAUGUGGAUACAGCUAGUACAAUCAGUCUGGUUACUGGAGAAACUGAAAGAAAGUCAACCCAAAAGCGAAAGAGCUUCACUAGUCUCUAUAAAGAUAGGUGUUCUUCAGGUUCUCCUUCCAAAGAUGUUACAAAAGCAUCAUCUUCAGCUAGGGAGAAGGUUGAAAAGAAAACAAAAAGUCGAUCCACAGAUGUAGGCUCACGAGCAGAUGGUCGUAAAUUUGUACAAUCCAGUGGAAGAAUAAGACAGCCUUCGGUAGAUUUAACAGAUGACGACCAAACCUCUAGUGUACCUCAUUCUGCUAUCUCUGAUAUUCUGUCAUCUGAUCAGGAGACUUACCCUUGUAAACCUCAUGGGAGGACUCCCCUUACCUCAGCUGAUGAACAUGUACAUUCCAAACUGGAAGGAAGUAAAGUCACUAAAUCUAAGACUUCUCCAGCAGCAUCUGGGUCAUCCAGUAAAUCAACCACGCUUCCAAGGCCACGACCUACCAGGACUUCCCUGUUGCGCAGAGCACGACUUGGUGAAGCUUCAGACAGUGAACUGGCCGAUGCUGACAAGGCAUCCGUUGCUUCUGAGGUAUCCACGACAAGUUCUACGUCAAAGCCCCCCACAGGAAGGCGCAGCAUCUCUAGGAUUGAUUUAUUGGCUCAGCCCCGCAGAACAAGGCUUGGUUCAUUAUCCGCUCGUAGUGACUCUGAAGCAACAAUAUCCAGAGGUAGUGCCUCUUCACGUGCCGCAGAAGCCGUCAUUCGGAGCGGAGCCAGAUUAGUGCCAUCGGAUAAGUUUUCUCCUCGAAUUAGAGCUAACAGUAUCUCUCGACUGUCAGACUCCAAGGUCAAAAGCAUGGCCUCAUCGCAUGGCUCUCCCUCAGUAAAUUCAAGAUGGAGGCGCUUUCCUACUGAUUAUGCUUCCACCUCAGAAGAUGAAUUUGGAUCAAACCGUAAUUCCCCUAAACAUACCCGUCUACGUACUUCUCCAGCCCUGAAAACCACUCGAUUGCAGAGCACUGGAUCAGCAAUGUCUACUAGUUCUUCAUUCAAGCAUCGAAUAAAAGAACAGGAAGACUACAUCCGAGAUUGGACUGCUCACCGAGAGGAGAUAGCGAGGAUCAGCCAAGAUCUUGCUCUCAUUGCUCGGGAGAUCAACGAUGUAGCAGGAGAGAUAGAUUCAGUGACCUCAUCAGGCACUGCCCCUAGUACCACAGUAAGCACUGCUGCCACCACCCCUGGCUCUGCCAUAGACACUAGAGAAGAGGUAGGAGAUCUUCAUGGAGAAAUGCAUAAGUUGGUUGAUCGUGUUUUUGAUGAAAGCCUCAACUUCCGAAAGAUUCCUCCAUUAGUUCAUUCUAAACCACCAGAAGGAAACAACUGUCGGUCUGGUGAUCCAAGACCUCAACCAACAGAGACUCCCGAUCAGUUAACAAUUACAAGGCGGAGAACAUGGAGCAGAGAUGAAGUCAUGGGAGAUAAUUUACUGCUGUCAUCUGUCUUUCAAUUCUCUAGGAAAAUAAGACAAUCUAUAGAUAAAACAGCUGGAAAGAUCAGAAUAUUGUUUAAAGACAAAGAUCGGAAUUGGGAAGAAAUAGAAAGCAAGUUAAGAACUGAGAGUGAAGUCCCUAUUGUGAAAACUUCAAGCAUGGAGAUUUCUUCUAUCUUACAAGAACUGAAAAGAGUUGAAAAGCAGCUACAAGCGAUCAAUGCUAUGAUUGACCCAGAUGGAACUUUGGAGGCUCUGAAUAACAUGGGAUUUCCCAGUGCUAUCUUGCCAUCUCCGCCAAAACAGAAGUCCAGUCCUGUGAAUAACCACAGCAGCCCCGGUCAGACACUGACACUUUGCCAACCAGAAGCUAGGGUUCUUCAUCCUGCUGCUGUCUCAGUCUCAGCUGAGUUUGAGAAUGCCGAAUCUGAAGCCGAUUUCAGUAUACAUUUCAAUAGGUUCAACCCUGAUGGGGAAGAGGAAGAUGUUACACCAUGCUGUGACCUACAAGCAAACUAAAUACCCAACAUUUCUGAAACCCCUUGUCUCCUGUGCCAAGCUGCUCCCUGAAAUGGACUUCCUCCUCAUCUGUACAGAUUUGUUAAACAGUUAUAUUUGCUUCUUAAUACUAGGAUUUAUAUUAGUAUUCAUUACCAUUGGAUACAAUGAAAUAUUACUUUCACAGUAAAACAGACCUUCAAAACAUUCAUUGUGUCUUGAAAUUUUCCAACAUAUAUGUGAUUUAUAAACUUUGUUGCUACGUAAAUUGUCUUGGGGUUUAUGGAGAUUAACUAUUAUGUUUGCACUAAGAUUUGCUGGGAGUGGUAGGUGGACGUAUCUAUAUAUCGAUAAGGACUAAUUGUCUUUUUUUGUACAUAGGAAAUUGCUAAUACUGUAUUUGUUUUAACUCCACAGUGUUUUGCUCCACUUUCGAAAAGAUCAAUUUGGCACUUUUUUCAAUUUUUUUUUAAAAUGGAAAUAAGGUUUUUGUCUCAUUUUAGGUCAGAUGAUAGCUAGAAAGAUUAAACUAGACAGAUAGUUUAGGUGGAGUAUAUUUUUAAAACCAAGAACAUGUAUAUUGGUCCUGUGUUACCAGGUUUAUAUGUGACAGUUGAAAAAAAAUUCCCUUGCAAUGAUCAUGAGGUUAAAAUUGUCUUUUUUAGGCGACUUGGAGAACCAGUAGGCAUAAGAUUAGUUGGUAGUUGCACUCCCAAGCAAUAAAUUGCUUGUGUGUUUCCCUGUAGGACCCACUAGUAAUUCCUGCCUCAGUCUUUUACAUUUAUAAGGACUCUGGAAGACGACAAUGACAAAGGCUUUGGGGCCCCUGCUACUUAACAGGAAGCCUAUGAAAAUUAUCUUCUAUAUAGACUUGUUUUUUCUUUCCCGUAAGUUCACAUUUGGAUAAGUUUAAUAAGAAAGUAAUUAUCUUUGUGUUUCCAGAGCACUAUAAUUUGGGUGAAUCGUAAUACAGUUAAAUAUUAUUAGUAGACCAGGAUUUUUCCCUUGAUCCCAUCAGUAUGUAAAGGUUAAAACUGCAACUUUUAUGAAAUGGUCUUUAAUAUUUCAGCAUAAUCUUGUGCUACACUUCUUUAAGGAACAAACUAAUCCUGUACAUUGCAAAACUUUAUAGGAUUUUUAAAAUCCUGUACUGAUGGACGAGUUAAUAAAGAUGCAAAAAAACUUUUGUAGAGAUGUGAAAACAAAAGUCUGUUGUAUAAUGGAUCUCAUUUUUUUUUUAAUGUAAAAAAAAAGGUAAUGAAUUUCUUUUAAAGCUAAAUUCUUCAUUCUCUCUAAUAAAGGAAGACUGAAAAAGAAGUUUUAAAGAACACGAAUGGAAAGAUAACAAUGCAUUGAAGGAAUAAACAAAACAUUAAAACAGGGUCAAUCCAUUUUUUAAAACGUCAAACACCAUUUAAAAAAAAAAGCAAACACCAUAAUCACCAUUAUUCCCUCUUAUUUAAUGUUUGGGUACCGUUUAUAUCCACAUGGAAGUAGAAGGUAAGGAGUUGUUUAAGAAAAUAUUAGAAUCUACUUACAUUAUUGUUUAAGUGUUUACACAGUUUUGUUCAUUGAUAAGCAUUUGGCCUUUUACUAUGUUAUUUUUAUUUUGUAUGAAUACAUUAUUCUCCUUAUUUAUUUUUGUUACAUUUAUUACUUAUGUUAUUUUGUUAUGCAUUUAAACUCCAUUUUUAAAUAAAGUGUUUCUGGAACUUUAUACAAUGAUUGUUUAUU